ACAGCGAUCACAAACCAUGGCAGAAGAAGCUCCAGCAGCGGCAGCACCGGCCAAGGCGACCAAACCCGCCAAACCAGGCAAGAAGAAGCCCGCACAGAGAACCGGGACCAGCGUCAGCGAGCUCAUCCUCAAGAUCGUAGCCGCGUCCAAGGAUCGGAAUGGUGUGUCUCUGGCCGCCCUAAAGAAGGGGCUGGCUGCCGGGGGCUACGAUGUGGAGAAGAACAAGGCUAGGAUUAAGGUAUCCAUCAAAGCUUUAGUGGCGAAGGAAGCUCUGGUUCAGGUCAAGGGGACUGGCGCAUCCGGAUCCUUUAAGAUCCCCAAGAAGGCUGCAGAGAAGAAGAAGCCGGCAAAGAAGGAGGUUAAGAAAACUGCAAAAGCGAGGAAGCCCGCUGAAGCCAAGAAACCCGCCGCUAAGAAGCCUGCUAAGAAGCAAACCAAGAAAGCAGCAGGCAAGAAACCAGUAGUCGCCAAAAAAGUUACAAAGAAGUCCGAGAAGAAACUUGGAAGAGCGAGCACGGUAGCAGCAGCCAAGAAGGGCUCCAAGAAGGGAACCAAUAAGGCAGCAAAGAAGGCGCCCAAAGCCAAGAAGGUAGCACCCAAGAAGAAGUGAGCAACCCCAUCUCUUUA